AAUAAGGGCAUGAUGUGGUUAUAACGUACGUCGCCUGGCCUGUGUUACGACAAUUCAAUUUGUGUUGCCAUGCCGUAAAACAUUUUGUCCGACCUGCCUGUGAAGAGAGACAUACGGCCUUAAAGCUUAUAAAUUUGUGGACGAUGAAAGUAGGAUUAUCAAAACACACUUUCAUUUUAUAGACAGUAUUAUAGUCCUUCUCACGAUGAUCAUAGAGAAUGUUGAAGCCUUGAAGUCGUGGCUGGCAAAACUCCUGGAGCCAAUAUGUGAUGCUGACCCCUCUGCAUUAGCCAACUAUGUGGUGGCUCUUGUGAAGAAGGACAAACCGGAGAAAGAGUUGAAAGCACUUUGUGCUGAUCAACUUGAUGUCUUCUUACAAAAAGAGACAAUGGGAUUUGUUGAUAAACUUUUUGAAAGUCUGACAACCAAGAACUACCUGGGAAUUCCUGCUGCCACGGAAGCUCCUAAAGAGGAGGUCAAACCACCUGCAGUUAAAUCUGAUGUUGUGGAGGCCGAGACUCCAGAGGAGGAGAGAGAAAACAGGCGGAGGAGAAGUCCUCUGAGAAACCGUUCUGACUUCAAUGAGUCCAGGAGCCGCGAUGACAGGCGGAGAGAUGAGCGCAAGCGCCGCGACUUCGAUCGCCACGGGAAAAGCAGCAGCGAUUCCCACCGUGAGCGAGAGCGCCACGAGCGUCGCAGGGGCAGCCCCCGCGGGAGGAGCUACAGCCGCAGCCGAAGCAGGAGCCGCAGCCGGAGCAGGAGUGGCAGCCAAGGAAAGAGCAGGGACAGAGAGCACAGAGGAGGCAGAGACUUCAAGUCAAAGUUUGAGUUGGAAAGGAAGGACUCCGACUGCUACAACUCUUCCACCACGUCGAGUUCCCAGCAGCAGCACCCGUCGCCUCUCCUGCCCUUGCCCACCCCGCCACACCCCUUUUCCUCUUCUUCCUCGUCAUCCACUGGGGUCUCGGGAGCUGGAGGCGUUCCCAUAGCAACACCAGCUCACCUGCCUGAUAGCACCACAGAUAGCUGGUCCAGCUACUAUGGCUCUCAGAGACAAGAUGGUGUCGGCAAGCCCUUCAGCGGCAAGGGUGCUUCACUCAAACAGCGCUGCAGGGAUUACGAUGAAAAGGGAUUUUGCGUCCGUGGAGACCUUUGUCCAUUCGACCACGGCAACGACCCUCUCAUUGUUGAUGAUGUCAAUCUACCAAGUAUGAUUCCGUUCCCACCCCCACCUGUUAUGCCCCCCGCAGGCCUGCCCAUACCCCCGAUCACUGAACCACCCCCUCCCCUUAGGAUGCCUUCGAUGCCACCCUAUGGCCAGCCACCACCACCGGGCGUCUUCCCCAUGACUGGACCCCCACUGAUAGCAACCAGUGGAAUUGAUACCCCCAACCACCAAUCGGCAAUCACGUCUUCUCCUCCUAUUGGACCGCCUGGUGUGGGGCUGCCACCUACUCUUCCUCCUCCUCCUCCACCUCCUCCUUCCUCGUCCUCAACUGUGUCUCUUCGUCCCCAGUAUGCCCAGUCUGAAUAUAACUAUGAUCCGGAGGGUUAUAACCCAGAAUCCCCAGGCCUGACUGCAGCAGGUCGUAACCCGUAUCGUCAGUUCAUUCCCCGUGUCCAGUCGCAGCGCUCCAACCUCAUUGGCCUCACCUCCAGUGAAGGACAAGGCUCCAGAGGUAGCAAAUCUGCCAACAUAGUGAUCCAGACAGAGCCUGCCCCUGCAACCAGCAGUCCUGGAAGUAAUGUCUCCCGUUUUAACACUGAUCAGGACAACAGGAAGAGAACUAUGGGAGCCAGUACAGCUGAGGGACCAGCAGCUAAAAAACCUUGGAUGGAGAAGUCAAACUUUAACAACCAACAUAAGAGCGGCUUUCCCAAGAGGCAUCACUAUGUGAACACUAAGUUGGAGGUGCGCAAGGUCCCACGUGAGCUGAACAACAUCACCAAGCUCAACGAGCACUUCAGCAAGUUUGGAACCAUUGUCAAUAUCCAGGUCGUGUUUGGCGGCGAUCCAGAGGCGGCAUUGAUCCAGUACACAAAGAAUGAAGAGGCCAGACGGGCCAUAUCCAGCACAGAGGCGGUCCUCAACAACCGCUUCAUUCGUGUGUACUGGCACCGUGAGCCGGGCACCAAUGCCACAGGGCUCCAGCCGCAGGAGCAGAGCUCAGGGAGCCAGGUGGCUGGGUCAGCACCCAGCCCAGGGCCACAGCACGGCAACAUGCAUAAGGGGAUCAAGCAGCACAGUCCAGCCGCCUACGUUUUGAACAAGACUGUACCCAAGCAUCGCCUGCCAGCAGUAACUGGGACUGCAGCUACAACCAAGCUGGACAACCUGAACCCAAACACAGACACAGUUCCUGUGACGCCUGCACUGACGAACACUCAGAAGAGCCCCUACUCCUCGACAGCCCCGAAGAUGUCCUCAAAAAGCCUUGGGAAAACGGGAAAAGCCCUUGAAGCGCAAGAAGUUCUCAAGAAGAAACAGGAGGCUUUAAAACUCCAACAGGACAUGAGAAAGAAGAAGCAGGAGAUGUUAAAAACACAGAUUGAGUGUCAGAAGGCCUUGAUAAACCGCCUGGAGAAGAACCGGGGGAUGAAACCUGAGGAGAGGGCCAACAUCAUGAAGACUCUAAAGGAGCUCACGGAGAAAAUUGAACAGCUGCAGAACGAAAUGAACCCUAACCCUGUGUCCCAGGUGCCCAGCACCAAAUCCAACCACAGCCAGCCCAAGACCAAGACUGAUGCGCAGAAAGAAUUGCUGGAUGCUGAGCUGGAAAUACACAAAAAGAUGAACUCUGGUGAGGAUACAACAGACCUCAAGAGAAAACUGGGGCAGCUACAAGUGGAGGCGACUCGCUUGGGUCUGAUCAGGCCUCCAGCGGGUCGAGGUCGGGGCCGAGGGAAGGCGACACUGGAGCCCGGGUCUAUGCAUGGGGGCCGCGGCCGUGGCCGAAGCCGGGAGUUGAUGGCUCGCAGCGGGGCCAUGAAUCGCAUGGUGGUUGACCACAGGCCCAGAGCUCUGGCUAUUUUGGGGGUCACUCAGGAGGAGAAAGAAGAGCUAAGGCCACACUUUGUGAAAUUUGGUGAGAUUGAGGAUGUGCGUGACCAAGACGCCAACAGUGUUGUCAUGACCUUUAAGACACGAAGCGAAGCCGAAAAUGCAGCUAACCAAGGAGCUAAGUUUAAAGGUCGUGUGCUUCAGAUUUCUUGGUACAAGCCCAAAACGCCCUCUGUUACAACAGAACCAGAGGAGGAGGAGGCAAAAGAUGAUGACAAUGCGAAGGAAGCCAGCUCUUACUUGCCUGGUGAGGAGGAGGAAGAGGAAGAGGAAGAAGAUGACGAUGAAGAUGACGAGUACGAGAGCCGAUCUUGGAGGCGGUGAAGAUAUUGUGAUUCGUCGUUAUCUGCUCUUCAGCGAAAUCAGUCCUUAAUCCCCCCCCAACCCAGUUGCAGAUCAAAAUCAAUACAACAGAACUUUUUUUUUUCCUUCCCAGUAUUUUCAAGUAAUUUUAGACUCUCGUCAAAGUAAAAACUCUUUACUUUACUGUACGUGAAAAGAAGUUUAGAGGGCCAGUGGUUUUUGUAUCCCUCGACUCAACAAUUAUUUAAAACAUCUCACUUUUGCUGAGAAAGAAAAAUGUUAAGUUGUUCUUAUAGAUAGAAAAGCCUAUGUAAGUUUCAGUGUGCUUACCAGAUGAUAAAUAUCAGUAAUGCACAACAUUUGUGUCUACUGUGAAUAGGUAUUUUUAUACAUACUGUAUUUAAGCUCUUUUCUCACCAGUUUUUUAAGAAGAUCUUGUCCUCAGUUCAGGGACAGCCAUUCCUUCACAUAUAGAACAUUCUCUGUUGCUAACAGAGAUAUUUAUUUAUUUUUCCACAGCGUAGAUGCACUGUGCAGUACCUAUGUGGGCACAGUAUGGUGGAGUUUCCUGUUUCACUUUGCCCACAGCUCGUUUUGGUAUGGGUUUGCUCAAAAUCUUCAAGGAUCCAAAUAUUUUUGACAGUGGCUCUCUCUUCUGGCAUGAAUACGUGCUCGUUUGUGCAUGUUGUAUUCAUCAGUAAGCAGAGGCCACUCCUGCCCAGCACCCGAAGGCACUGAUUCUCUACCACGGUGGGAGUCAGUGCAGGUACAGAAGGAUACCAGUGCAAUAGAAAAAUCCAAACUGUGUUUACAGAUUGCCGUUUCCAUGCAUGUCACAUACAGUCUUGUGGUAAAUAUUCUGAUUUUUCCCACUUAAGUUUAUUUUGUUGCUCAUUAAAUGUCUGAUGCCACUCUGUGUAAAUACAAACAUCCACGAGUGUUCGACAUUUUUUGAAGAGUGCAUCACGUUUUUCCACUUGUUUAAUUCUGCCUCCUGGUUGUCCAAAGAGUCAAACAGGACAAGAGCCAGAUCACCCAUCUCAAAAAAUAAAAAAAAUAAGUGAGAUCCAUAGACAGGGGUUUGAAUGUAAGACGAAACAGUUGAUUUUAAUAUAUAUAUAUAAUUUCUUUGCCUUACACAAUCAGCGAAUGGCUGAAUUUUUACAAGAUUUGUGAUUUGCUUUUGUAAAUUUUGUAAAUGCUUUAAAGAGAAAUUACUGUUGUACUCAUGAGUUUCUUUUUCUGUCAUUUUAAAUGAAUGACGAGGUUGUGUCGGGUAGAAAAGAUCUAGCAAGAGUGCUUAGCAGCUCUGCUUAGUCACAAAGGAUUUUGCAUGUGAUAAACCAGUCCACAUUGUUAUUUCACUAAAUUUGUCAUCUGAGUAGCACAUUUCUUUUAUAAACACUUUUCAAAGCUGUGGAAAACACUGCACCACACAAUACUAUUUGUGCAUUAGUGCAGCUUGGCCUGCAUCUGAACAUUGUCAGCCAGUGCUCUAAACCCACUCUAAACCACGAUGUGCACCCUUCGUGACAAAAUUUUUAUUUUUCAUUUUGCCUUCUUUACUGUAAUUUAGAAUCCUCAAGGUGGGAGGAAAGCAGUCCUUGAAGAUUCACAUGGAAAUGUGCUCGAUGCAAGAAAAGACCGUGUUCACAGUUUAAGUUUUUACUUUUGUUGCAUCUCUGAAAUGAAUAACUAUGUUUACGUGCGGCCUGAUGAAGUGUUGUUUGAUGUUCGCUUAUCAUAAAUCAGCUAAACUGAUCAUAUCCAGUAACAAAACCAGUCAGGCGGAAGGAGAGACAUUAACUUGUUACAUAACUGUAGCAGUUGCACUACUUUACUGAAACAUGCAGGCAUAAAUCUGCAUUUAUAUGGGUUGUGUGUGUAAAUAUUAGCGCAGAUUUCAGCCUGCAUGUAAAUACACUCAGUAACGGAGGAUUGAAAACGGAAAUGAUCUCCUUGGUCCCCUAACGUUCACUGGUACCACAUUUAAAAGUGUGCAGAAAUGUCUGAAACGCACCGUGUGAUUUCCUCCCACCUUCAUUGUCCGUAGCACUCUUGUUUGGAUUACAUAUCUCACUGUUGACUGAUAACUCAGAGUCCUUCUGCCAGUGACCUCAUUGUCCCGCCAAAACCUGAAUUCAUGGUUUGAUUUGGACUUGUUUUGUUUUUUUUGUUUGUUUGUUUGUUUGUUUUUCUUUCAACAUCGCUGUUUAAGUCAGAAUGAGGUUCAGGUGUGAGAUCGAAAGCUGAAGGUUUUCACUUUAGCACUUAGUACUUUAAUAUGGUUUUCUCAUGUGAUUUUGUUUUUUAGACGAGGUUACUGGCAGUUUAAAAGGAUACGUGUAUACUGGCAGGGUUCUUGCUUGUACAAGUGAGGAUUAAGGGAAGGUCUGUCCCACUUUUUGUACUAUAUUCUGUAUGCUACUAUCACAACAGUGUAAAAAAAUGUAAAAUGUUUAUUGGAUAAUAGUUUUGGAUUUGUUACUGUUUAUAUUUGCAGGAUGUGGAUGUAUUUUCUUCAUGUAUUUUGUUUGUAAAAAAAAAAAUGGAUUUCUAAUUUACUAGCAUGUUUGCUUUUGCCAAUAAAGAUGGAGGAAUUUGGUGCUUGUAAAACAAUUAAAAAAAAAAAAAGAAAAAGAAAAUGAAAUUUUUCAAUUGGAUCUUGGACAACAACAACAAAAAAAAAUGAGUUGAAGAAAGAAAAUUAACCCAAAAAAUUAAACAUUGGCAACGGGGGGAAAAAAUGCAAGCAAAAGCAUUCCGGAAAAUAUUACCUUAAA